CCGCCGGCGGGGAGAGGCGCUGCCGGGGCGAGCCCGCCGCCUCGGGCUGCAGGAGCCGCCGCCUCGGGCUGUCGGAGGAGCCGCCGCCGGGACCCAUCGCCGUCGCCCCGGACCUAGCGGAGCGCAGGGCGCGCUCCGGAGCGCGGCAGGUGCAGGGCGCGCUGUUGGGGGGUGGCGGCUGCGCCACCGCCCCUCGCCUGGCGGCGAUGCCGGCGGUGCAGAAAACCGUGUCCGAGAUCCGCUCCCGCGCAGAGGGCUAUGAGAAGACAGAGGAUGUUUCAGAAAAAACUUCCCUAGCUGAUCAAGAGGAAGUGAGAACUAUAUUCAUCAAUCAGCCCCAGCUAACCAAAUUCUGCAAUAACCAUGUCAGCACUGCAAAGUACAACAUAAUCACAUUCCUGCCAAGGUUCCUUUAUUCCCAGUUCAGAAGAGCUGCUAAUGCAUUUUUUCUUUUUAUUGCAUUACUUCAGCAAAUACCAGAUGUAUCACCAACAGGCCGCUACACAACAUUGGUUCCUCUUUUAUUUAUUUUAGCUGUAGCUGCAGUGAAGGAGAUAAUAGAGGAUAUU